GUAAAGUAAAACCUCUCCCGAACCACGUUUCUCUAUGCGUCGCACAAUAAAGAAUCAAUUUUGAUGUCACUUGCAGCGUGACAAAAUCUUGCGUCCAUUGAGAAAUUUCACUCAUUUCUUGAAUUUGUCCAAAAGGGUGGGAUUUUGCAAAACUUUGCAAAGAUGAAUGAUUUGAUGACAAAAUCGUUCCUAAGUUAUGUGGAACUUAAGAAACAGGCACAGAAGGAUCGUGAAGGCGAUCUUGACAUUGAGGCAGGGAAACUCAACCCCAGGGAAGACCCAAACCUCUCUCAGUUCUUUCAAGAAGUUGAAGCAAUCAAGGUUGAAAUGGAAGAGAUCACCAAUCUCUUAUUUGAUCUUCAGCAACUGAAUGAAGAGGCAAAGUGCACCCACAGUGCCAAAGUGCUUCGUGGCCUAAGGGACCGGAUGGAGUCUGACAUGGUUGCCGUGCUUCGCAAGGCACGGAUUAUCAAGACAAAGCUUGAGGUUCUUGACAAAUCCAACAUAGUCAACCAUGGUUUGUCAGAAUACUACAAAGAGGGGAGCCCAAUUUACAGGACCAGAAUGUCUGUCACAAAUGGUUUGAGGGUCAAGCUUAGGGUCAUGAUGAAUGAUUUUCAGUCAUUGAGAGACCAAAUUCUAUCUGAUCACAAGGAAGAUUUGAAGAGAAGGUACUACACAGCAACGGGUGAGGUUCCCACCGAAGAGGUGAUGGAGAAGAUGGUUUCUGGGAGUCUGAAAGUGGAGUUUUUUGCUGGGAAAACGGAUGCAGAAUUGGACACUCAAGUUAGGCAUGAGGCAGUGAUGGAUAUCCAGAGGAGUUUGAAUAAGCUUCACCAGGUUUUUCUUGAUAUGGCUGUUCUGGUUGAGACACAGGGAGAAAGCGUGGAUAACAUUGAGGAGAAUGUGGCUAAUGCGGGUAACUUCAUCCAUGGUGGAACUAAUAGUCUCUACUAUGCCAGCCAGAUGAAGAAGAAGAACAGAAAGUGGGUGUGUUGGGUUUUUGCUGUGGGGCUGAUUAUACUACUCGUAUGCAUCGUUGCAAUGUUGUCUUCUUGACUAGAGCAAUUGGCAAGGAGAGUGGUUUGGAGUUUUGAGACUGUAAAGCUACUUUCAUUUUACAGUUCAGUGGUUCUUGUGUUGUUGGGAACAGUUAUGUUGAUUGAUUCAAACUUGUUCAUGAGAACAAAAUUUUACCGAAUAGAAUUGA